AUGAUUAUAAAGCACUGAAGAAAUUGAAGCCUUUUCAGCCUCAAAAUCCUCAUCUUUUGAAAGUAUCAAUUUUAGGUGAACCUAAUGCUGGAAAAUCAACAUUAACGAAUAGUCUUGUUAAAUGGAAGGUUUGUGCAGUUUCUAGCAAAGUUCAUACAACUAGGAAAAAAGCAGCAGCUGUUUUAGUGGAAGAAAAUAAACAAAUAGUUUUCUUAGACACACCUGGUUUUGUUACUCCUGAACAGAUUAAAAAGCAUUCUUUGGAAUCUUCAUUUGUUAUGGAUCCAAGGCUGUCUGUUAGAGAUGCUAAUAUAAUUGCAGUAGUUGUUGAUAUUGCAAAUAAAUACACCAACAAUAGAAUUAAUGAGAAUAUAUUAGAAUUAUUGCAAGAUUUUAAAGAGAAGCAAACUAUUUUAAUUUUAAAUAAGAUUGAUGCUAUGAAAUCAAAAACUAGACUGCUGAGUUUCACUAAAACUUUGACUUGUGGGUGUAUUGGAGGAGUACCUACUUCUGAGUUUGAAAAAACGUCUGAGGAAAAAGGAACUGCAAUUGAUGAUGUGCCAUCAGAUGUUGGUAAAAAAUCUGUAGAAACUGAUUUCAACAACAAUCAAAAUAGUUUCAUUUCUCAAAAAAGACAGAAAGAUGGCUGGCCACAUUUUUCUAGAGUAUUCAUGGUUUCUUCCUUGAAGAAUGAUGGAAUUGAGGACUUGAGGAACUAUUUGUUCAGUCAAGCAAUACCCCAUGACUGGAUGUAUCCUGACAGCCUAGUGACAGACCAACAUCCACAUGAUAUAGCUCUAAUGAUUGUCAGAGAAAAAUUAUUAGAGUACUUGCCACAAGAAAUACCUUAUCAAGUGCAAAUGACUAUUUCAAAGUGGGAAUUACUACCAUCUGGUUGCCCAAAAAUUGAUAUUAAAAUACAUUGUACAACACCUCGACACAAGCGUUUCAUUAUUGGACCAAAUGGGAAGCACAUAGCUGCAUGUGCAGAUAAAUCAAGAAAAGCCAUGAGGGAAGCUUUUAGAAAAGAUGUAGUUCUGCAUUUAGGAGUGAAAUGAGAAGGUUUUUCUUCUCAUCUUUAACCUGUACAUUACAUUGUUACAAUAAAUCUUAUAUAUUUAUACCAUUAAACUAUAUUAAUGAUGC